AUGACGAGCUCGAGUUUGAAUAGCAAUGAAAAGGAUUUCUUUGAAGAUAAAUUAGAUGAAGAAAGUGUAAUUCUCACAUUGGUUCCAGUUGAUGAGGAACAUAAUGAACAACAUCAAAUGGAACCAAGUGUGUCUUCAACCUCAGGAGCCAACUUGAGGAUGCCUGGGACGGAUGAUACAGCUUAUCUUCCUCAAAUGAAUGAACAGUUCAAAGAUUACCCUAAACCAGUUCUCCCCUUGCCAACCAUUUUGCCUUCAUUUAAUAAAGUACGUCGUGAUACUUUGCGGGACUGGUGCCAACAAAUCAACUUGAGUACUGAAGGCAAGAAAAUAGACAUUUAUAUGAGGCUGAAGAAACAUGCUUACCCUGAAGACAAACAGAGUAUUGCUGAAAUAUCACAGGAGGACACAUUGCAGUUCAGUUCGAAGAAAUGCAAGAUGGUGAACAAGAGAACAAGGAGUAAUAAAAGUUGUAAUACAAGUAAGAGAGAGAAAGAGACCAAUACAGUUGAAGUGAUAACUUCAGCUCAGGAGGCCAUGUUGGCAGCAUGGUCAAGAAUUGCUGCAAGAGCCGCGCAGCUUAAUAAGGCUGUGAAUUCAUGUUUCAUUCCUGUUCCUGAUGAGAACUUUCUGCCGCAAACAUCUGGGGUCAGAUGGUGUGUGGUCCAUGGCAGACCUCUUUUGGGAGACAAAGAGGGGUGGGUUCGUCUGCAGUUUCGUGCAGGUCAUGCCUGGGUGCCUGAUACUCCCAGGAAGAUGAUCGCUCUCCUCCUGUUACCGGCCUGCACUUUCCCAUCCUCAGAUCUAGAAGAUAAUAUGAUAUGCCCUGAAUGUGUUAAGAGGAAUAGAAAGAUGAUGGAAAAAUUAAUUAAAAUGAAAAGGAAGAAGAAACCUCGUUUGAAUAUACCCACAUAA